AUGGUUGAGCCAAGUAUCAAUCAACUUCUCGAUGUCGGCACGUCCAGUGCCAAUGGAUUAGCACUGACGGUGAUGUGUGUUUGUCUGAACAGUCCUCAGCUUGUUAGCAGUCUGUUAUGUGCCCUGCUGAAUAGGCGUUCGCUCGCCUCAUUCAUACAACGAUCGUCCAACAAACCCGCUGUCAAGCUGCUGCACGAUCGAAUUUCCGAAGCUAUCAGCGCCGCUUCCUCGAGUGCAGUGAAAGGUAUGGAAGCUAGUUUGGCGCAGUUAUUAGCAGUACUUCGAAUCAGCGCUGGCAUGCGCCUGAGCAGUGAAGAAACCAAUGCCUGGCUGCUAUUCGUCACUCGAACAGAUCUUGACGACGAUCGCUACAUUUGCACAGCACUUUCUGUGAUUAUUGCCUGCCCACAGUUAAUACCGACGCAUUUGGGUGAUGAGAAGGAAGUUGAGGCAUCAAUAAUAGCAUUUUUGGAUUGGCUAAAGCAGCGCACAUCAUCGAACUCGUCGCCUGCGCUGCAGCAGUUCUUCAUUCUCUUAUCCAUUCAUUUACAUGCCAGCCAAAAUGAACAGCUCGCCGCUCUCAUCUCCAGCGUUCUCGCCUUCAAGGUAAGCUCAAUUUUUGCAGUUUUUGCAAUUUUUUUUUUGAGAUCUUAAUG